CUGAAGGCAACAGCUUUAUUUUUGGAGUGUCUGCAGGCACCACUGCCUGCUCCCCAAGGUUCCAGUUGACUUCAGGCUGAGGCGGCCCUGUGGCACUUUGAGCCGGGAUUAACAAGCAAAGAACAGUUUUUUGUCUCCGUCAGCUGAAGCAAAUCAAACAAAGCACAACUAACACAACUGUACAAAAAGGAGCUUGCAAUGCUAAUGGAGGUUUGUUACAUUCACGGGUUGCAGCCUGACAUUUUGGAGCAGUAUCCACCCCCUUUAUUGCCAAAACCUGGCAAAGAUAAUGCGAGGCUUCAGAAGCUUAAAAAGAAGAGAGCCAAGAAAAAGGGCAGCCUUUCUCAGACGCCUAUUCCCUUCCGUUCCUGUUUGUCGCCUGUCAAUGAAGCAAGCACAGACCUAGAACACAGUGACAUGUGCAGCCCACCAAGGACACCGGAUUCCAUCUAUAUUGCUGACUCCUGUGUCUCAGGUUUACCCCUUGGCUCUGUCUACGAUCACUCGGUCCCUGGAUUUUCUCAUCCUCAAAGCAGUCCCAAAGGACAAACUAGGAGCUUAAACCCUCCGUCAAACCCACUUGGAAUGAAAAACUCUCAACCUCAAGUUGCACCUUUGUAUGAAUGCUCUUCCUUCCUGUUUGAUGAUGCCUCCACAUUCAUAGUUCCACCUUUGACAAAUUCAGCACUAAAUGAGCAAAUUUCUGCACCAAGUCUUCCUCCUGCUUUCAGAGUGACAUCAAAUUCCCAUGGGUCAGUCACAACAGUCUCUCCAGUUGCUAUGUCACAGUGCAGCCCAAAAAUAUCAACCCACAGCCUGACCCUUUCCAAUGCCACAAACUGCGCCCCAGACCUAGCACAUUCUCAUAUUGCAGCUCUAUCUCCUGUUCCAGUGCCCCUAUCACUUUCAAACACUCAUACACAACCAUUUAUCCCAAGCCAGAGGGAGACACACACUAAUGUAAAGGAUGACUUUCAGAGACAGGAAUCGACCAGAACUAAUGCACGCAGCAUCGCUGCCAACGGUGCUCUUCGACAGAUAUCUUCUGAAGUAACUGCCUCAAAAAUAUCCCUUGUGGAUACAGUGAAAGAGCCAAUGAUUGAAGCCAUGCAAGCUAAGACGUAUACAUCUAAGGCAACAGUUUAUGAGAUCUCCAAACCUUCCUCCAUCCAGGAACUUACAGUUAUGAAACCAACCAAUCAAGGAGCCCCAACAUCUACAGGGUUUAGUCAAAAAGCCCCUGUGCCAUCAGUAAAUGCGGAUCAGGAACUGUCGUCACCUUGGAUCCAGAGUGUGAGACCUCCUCCUUCAGCUUACACACCAGCUCCAAUAUCAACUCCUAUUUUUGAACUAUUAAAGCCCAACCCACUCAUAUCCACUGUGAACCCUGCUUUCAGUUCCUUCCAAGAUUUGCAAGCAGCGGUUAUUCAGAAAGAAGGGCUUAAAGACAAUUCAACAGUUUCUUACCAGCAUUUAGGCCUCAGUCUCAGUAAAAGCUCCAUCUCCAAACAGAGGAACAUCACCGUCAUCUCAGCGAAAAAAUGGAUUCAAAGGCAAGGAUAUUCUGAAAGCAAUAAGCACACCAAAGGAAACUCCAGCAGUCGAAUCCUCCAUGAAGUCAAUGAUAUCAACUGCAUCUUCAGUUACUAAAAAACAGUUGGAACCUGAAGGAACAUCAAUCUCAACCACUGAACAAAAAACAGCCCAGAAAUCAAAAGGUCUUAAGGGCAAGCUUAGUGGAUGGACACGGCUGAAAAAGCACAUGGUCAUCGAGCCUGAGGAACCCAAAUUU